UAUCCAUCAGUAACUUAUACAAACAUCCGAAAAGAUUUCCCAUAAGCAUAAAGAAAUGGAUAACAAAAAUUUACGGUUUUCUUCAAUCUUGAUUGCUCUUAUCAUCGUCUUCUAUGCACCUUUUGCUAUCGCUCAAGAAGUUGAUGAUGAAAGUGAGUUCACUUAUGAUGUGAACAGUCCAAAUGGGCCGGAUCAUUGGGGAGAAAUCCACCCGGAGUGGAGCUUGUGUAACCAAGGAGACAUGCAAUCACCCAUUGAUCUUACACAUAAAAGGGUUCAAACAACUUCAAAUCUUGGAAGACUUGAUAGAGAUUAUAAGCCUGCAAACUCAACUCUUAUUAAUAGAGGCCACGAUAUGAUGUUGAGAUUUGUUGGAGGAGCAGGACAUAUUCAUAUAAACGGUACUGAGUAUCAACUUAACCAGCUUCAUUGGCACACCCCUACAGAACACACCAUCAAUGGCCGAAGAUUGAAUUUAGAGCUACACAUGGUUCAUGAAAGUACAAAUGGAAAAAUUGCAGUAGUUGGAAUCAUGUACAAAAUCGGUCGUCCUGAUCCUCUUUUAUCAAUGAUGGAACCAUUUUUUAAAGCAUUAGCUUCUACGAGAGAUGUUGAAAAAAGUGUUGGAAUAAUCGACCCACGAAAAAUUAAGAUUGGUAGCAGAAAAUAUUAUCGAUAUAUUGGUUCACUUACUACUCCUCCAUGCUACCAAAAUGUUAUUUGGACCAUUGUUAAGAAGGUAAGAACAUUUUCACGAGCACAAAUGCAUGCAAUCCACGAAGCUGUUCAUGACGAGACAGAGGCUAAUGCAAGACCCAUCCAACCAUUGAACAACCGUUGGUUGAAGCUUUAUAGACCAGACGACCAUCAAAAUUAUUAAACAAAUUAAAGAAUUUUAAAUAUUUAAUUUAUAGGUCACUCACAUAUAUGAUUUUAUUCAUUUGUUGCACGCCAAACUUUUUAUGUAUAAUAAGAGUGUUGUUUUAAUAUUUCGAGUGUGUGUCUUUUACAUAAGCAUCCAAUGUAGAUUGUGGAGAUGUUGUAGUAAUCUUCAAACUUUGUUCAUGCCAAAUCCAUUUAGGGGUUUGUGGUUUGCAUCUUUUCUAUGUAUGAAGUAUGCUUGUUAAUUCCUAAACGGGUGGGCUAUU